CCUUUUGAGUUAGUCAUGUUGGUUUUUUUUCCUAGAAUCACAAUCCUUGUGAACAGAGGCUAUGUCCCCAGACAGAAGAUUAAUCCAGAAACACGGCAGAAAGGACAGAUUGACACGGAGGUGGAACUGGUUGGUGUGGUGAGACUGACUGAGCCUCGCAAACCCUUUAUUCCUCACAAUGAUAUUGAUGGGAACCGCUGGCAUUACCGUGACAUAGAGGCCAUGGCUGAAGUCGCUGGGACAGAGCCCAUUUUCAUUGAUGCCGACUUUGUCAGCACAGUCCCAGGAGGACCUAUUGGAGGGCAGACUCGAGUCACCUUGAGGAAUGAGCACAUGCAGUACAUCAUUACAUGGUAUGGUCUUUGCAUAGCUACGUCUUACAUGUGGUAUAGCAAAUUCAUCAGAAGAGUACCACUGUAAGAUUUGGAAACACCUGGAUGGAUGUCAUACUCUCAUUCUGCAUUCUUUUGGUCAGAAAACUGUUCAUUUAUACAUGGUCAUAUCUUGAAUGUAGUUAUCUACAAUAUCUGUUCCAAGUUUUUCAGAAUUCUUUCAAAUAAAAUUAGCAUCAAAAGAUUA